CGAGGAUGUCCCCCGAGCACAGGUCCACGGCGCCGCCGGCUUGCCAGGCGUUGUCGACGAUCGACCAGUAGAGGCCGGCCGAGCGCCGCUGGUUGAGCACUUCUUCGAGGUUGUGGUAGAAGGUUGAUGGGGGUGGGGUUCCGGUGGCAGCAGGCGGCUGUAGAGGCCGUGGUUGGGUGUCCCGUAGGCGCGUUAUGAAAGUGCUCACGGGGGGCACCGCCGCCGAGUCCGGAUCCGCGUUGGCUCUUUCCAUGGCGUGGAUAGGGGGAGUCAAUGUUUGUUUGGGCGCUCAGUUGGUCUUGGUCUUGGUAAGUAGGCUCUCGAGGUCUUUGAAAGACGAGUUAAGCAACAUGAAUGACUCCAGAGCGAGCCUGCAUUCUGCAUGAUGGCUAACUCAAAUAGCAGUAGAUACCGAAGCCUCAUCCAAUAUUUCAUUUGGCUUUGCAUAAAUCGCCCUAUCUGCUUGCCAUCGUUUACUCAUGAUAUUUCUCGCUAGGUUGCACGCCACCACUUUUGCUUUUUACUACAACGUUACUCUCUUUGCGCGCUUUAUUUUGGUUAAUCGCCAGAGCCCACAAGCAAACCGCGAAGGAUUCAAUCGCCGGGUUUUACAGCAUAUGGGCGUUAGCUGCAUUAUGCGCUGCGGUGUGUUAUUUUUCUUGUGGCCCAGUGCCCAUUGACUCGUUAGACUUCCUGUGCCUGUUUCGGUAGUUAUUCUUCAAUGCCACCCCUUUAUCCAACGAAUCGCGUUGUUUCAUCGAUCGCUCGAUUACUAUGUAUGUAUGCGUCAAUAUUUUGUACAACUAGAGUAGACAGUUACACAGCGCUUCCAUCUUGUGAGUUGGUGAGAUUUUAAUACGCAAAGCCUUGCGGUUUUCUAAUGUGGGUCUUGGAGAAGUGGGGA